UGCUCUGUGAGAGAUCCCUCAGGUGUGUGUGACAUUCUCAACCCAGCAGUGUAUAAAGUCUCCAGGCUGGAGCAGUGACCACCACAUUGCCCAGCUCUUGUGUAGCUUUGGAGCAGCCAUGGCCAUGCUGAGAGUGUCCUCGUAUCGCAAACUGUUUGAAGAGGAGCACCAGAGACCAGCUACAUGGUUCAGCCAGCGCUGUGGAACCCAGAUCCUCCCCUCUUCUGCAAGGGGUGGAGUUUCCAUGAUCGACUGGCCUGAACCAGACUUCUCUGCAGCUCGAGCUUUAAACAGGGAGGGUCUGAUGCGUUUCUCCCAGGAGCGCUCCAUAAUCGCCGCCCUCAAUGAUCGCCUGGCGGUCCUUAUCGACAUGGUACGAUGUCUGGAAGAAGAGAAUGAGUCUUUGGAGGCUCAGAUUAUUGAGAUGGAAGAGAGAUUGGCAGCCAAACCAAGCCCCCCCAGCUCUAUCAGUCUCGACUGCCCCUCAGACUCCAGCCUGGAGGCCGUGAUUGAGAGACUGCGCAGAGAGAAGGAUGAGAUUUUGUGUCACACAGAGGAGCUGACGAAAGACCUGCAUCAUAUAAAAAGAAAGUAUGAUGAGGUCGUGGAGCAACGGACUCACCUCCAACUGGAGCGCAAGGAUGUUGCUGUGGAGGUGGAUACAGUGACUGCUGACUGCUUGGCACUCAGAGAACAAGCGGCAAUCUAUGAGAAGCAGUUAGCUGCCAUGGAGCAACAGCAUGAGUUGAGGAUUGAGAGUCUGUGCGAGCCUACAGCUGAAGAUCGGGAUGAUCAAACUGUGUCUCUGCAAUUCCCCUCCAUUGACCUCACUCCAGCCAUCACGGUUAUCAAGGACUACUACUGCCAGCUGGCUGAAAGCCUACAGUUUGAGUCCGGGGCCGUUGCGAUUGCCAGAGGAGAAGAGAAGGGGAGGAACUUGGAAAACCUUACUGGAGGGAAAGUUAAGGAAAAUUCUGAGGUGAUGGACGUGAAUGGUCUGAAGGAGCUGAUUGCUAGGCUGCAAAAGGAGCUGGAUGAGCUGGAGGCAUGUGGUGAGGAACUGGGAGCAGAGAUUGAAGCAAAAACACAGGCUCAUCUGCUGGAGAUAGAGGAGCUGGAAACCUGCAUCUGCCGGCUGGAGAAAGAUGAGGCUGACUUACAAGCGCAGAUGAAGGAACAGAUGGGAGACUAUGAGGAACUGCUCAAUGAGAAGAUGGCACUGGACAUAGAAAUAGAAGCCUACCGGGCUUUGGUUGAGGUGGAGGAGGAGAGACUGUGCUACCUGUGAGACAGAGAGGCCCAGACACAUAUGAUAUCUUGUGGAUUGCUGCUGAACUAAUGCACACUUACAUCAAGUUGCACAUUUAAAAGGUGUCUGUGUCUUGUAUCUACUCUCACUGGCCGUCUUAUCAAGUACACAUACAGUAUAGGUGUAUUUUAAAGUUAAACCAUUUCUGACUGGCUUAUCACGAAACUUGCAUCAUAAUCCUGGGUAUGGAUACAUUACUGUCGUUUUAAUGUUGCAAGACUUGGCUCCUAAAAGGUUGCUACACAUUUUUUUUCUUUUAAACAAAUAACCAUAUCUGUUACUGUUUUCUUAAUCUUAACACUCAAUAGAGCUCUCAAGAAUGUGCCAAUUUGCUGAAAUAAAAAAAAAAUUGCUCAGUUUUAAAAUGUCUAAUAAUAAGUGGCAAUAAAGACGCAACUUCACAGGUUUAAGAGCAAUCUGAAAAUGUAUUAUAAUUACUAGUUCAUCAGCCAAAACUCACAAAAUCUUUACAUGAAGAAUGUGUUGAUAUUAAUCUGCUGUGAUAGCUACACAUAAAUAAUAAAGGGCUCUAAGGCAGAAACUGGGCUUACCUGCAAAGUAGUGCUUGUACCUCGCGGAUUGCUGACUGCAGCUAUAUUUAGGGGUCCAAGCCUUACUUGGAAACGUCUUCUUCUUCUUCUUCUUCUUCUUCUUCUUCUUCAUCUUCAUCUUCUUCUUCUUCUUCUUCUUACUGUGAACCCGUGUGGUAGGGUUGCCUAAAAACUAAAAACUCAGAGUGCGUCUGGCAUGAAAGUGAGUCAUGGUCAAAAAAGACCAUCAGACACAACAGUUUGAGCAAAUACAGACAUACACCAAAAGAUAAAUGGCAUCUAAGCAUUUUUCCAGACCAUUGAUAAUGGUCAUAGCAAUCAGUGGCUGUUAACCGCGACUCGUGAAAGAAUGGAAAUGUCUGAGCUUUACUGUGUUGGUGUAGUGAUGGUAAUUUCCAUUUAGAGUCUCUGAAACUACAUCUCCCAAACAAUGCUCAGAAGUACAUAUAUAUAUAAACACACAAUGAAAUAUGGUUAUGUUGAAUCAGUCACCUCCUGAAUUCUCACCUGACACUGAUCAAUUACAUCCUCUUAAACCUUUGCCCUGUUCUGCACUGUCCAAAUGCUAUUGCGCUUUUUUUGCUGGAGGUGUAACGUAAUAAGCUUGUCAGAGUCUAUGAUUAAAUCUUUUGCUCAGUUUAA